AAAGAAAGAAACAAAAGGGUUGGGGGUGGGGGGGCGUCUAAAGUCCCCGAAGCGUAGCGGAACGCGGUAAGGCUGUAACAAAUUCCAGUUUAGCGUGGUAUCGACUUCAACGCUCUGCGACGGUGAAGGAGCAAAAGAAGAAGAAGAAGUUUAUCGGUUGAACGCUCUCUCGAGAAAAUGGUGGCAACGAACGUGAAGGCGGAGACGCUGUCUCUUAUGGACAAACGUGCUGCGAUAGAGGUGGAGAUGAACGCAAUCAUCGAGCGCCUCAAUCAACCUGGUGGUCCCAGGCUUUCCGGCAAUCUCGUUGAUUCUGAGGGAUUUCCUCGAACGGAUAUUGACAUUCCAGUUGUUCGUGCCGAGCGACGUCGUCUUUCUGAGCUGCGUAAUGAUCACAAGGAGAUCAGUGAGAAAAUAAAUCAAAACAUACAAAUUUUGCAUGCAGCAAGACUUGGAAAUAAAACGUCACUCCUCAAAGUUUCAGGUGAUGAAGAUGGACCUAAUGCUCAGACUUCAUCAACUGUUGAGUCAGGCUCAUCAGUGCAAAAUGUUCUUCUGAGAGAUUCCUCCAAUUCCAUGGAUGUGGAUGUGGUUGUUAGUAUACCAUUUGCGAUGGUUGAUGAGAUAUCUGAUUCAUCACCGGCUGCAGAGGAUGGAUUACAACUUGGAGAUCAAAUUUUGAAAUUUGGCAGCGUGGAAGCUGGGGAUAACUUGCUCCAAAGGCUGGCUUCUGAGGCUCAGUCAAAUCUGGGUCAUGCAAUACCUGUUGCAAUCAUGAGGCAAGGUGCUAUGAUCAACUUAAUUGUCACACCUAGAACUUGGCCAGGCAGAGGUCUAUUGGGAUGUCAUUUUCGGAUUUUGUAGCUGCAAUGAUUAUUUAUCGCAUGGUGGUGACUGGUGGCAGUUGGAAGAAUCUUCCCUUGCGGUGUUCUUUUGUCCUGUGUCUUGGUCGAGGUCUACACUCUACAGUCCUUUAUUUUGUAUUCGAAUGUUUGUAUACUCAAUGCCUGACCUUAGAUUUUUUGUUGCCGUUUUAGGGAUUCCAGAUUUUCCAUUCAUGUUUCAGUUUAAUGAAAACGCAUUUUGAUUUUGAA